GCUAGCUCGAUGCAUCAAUAAUUGAAUACAAGAAGCUGGUCCUAUGUAUAAAUGACAGAUGCCCCAGUGACGUGAACUACAGCAAUCCUCGAAUACAUCAACCCUCCAGUACGUCUAUCUCUUGAGCAAUUCAAUUCAUCAACAAUGUCAACUCGUCGUAUUCUAGUCCUUGGUUCAUCGGGAUAUAUCGGCGGAUCAAUCCUUACUCGCUUCUUGCAAUCUACUGAUGCCAACAUCAAGUUGUACUCCUUCUCCGCACUGAUCCGAGACGAGAAGCAAGCAGCACGACUUAAAGAAAAAAAUGUCACACCUGUACUAUUUUCCGGUCUGGAAGACACAGAUUUCUUGCGCAAACAGGCUUCCGAGUAUGAUAUCGUCCUUAAUUCUGCCAACGCUUUCAACGCAGAAGCUGCGCGGGCGCUUAUUGAGGGACUGAGCGAUCGCCAAAAACAAACAGGAAUUCAAACUGUAUACCUCCAUACAUCCGGCACAUCCUCAAUUGGAUUGUAUCCGGUUCCAGAGACUCCGGAAGAGCGUGUCGUCUUGCAUGAUACGGAGAGUAUUUACGACUAUCUGGUUCAAUUGGAAGGCAAGGAACCCUACGCUCAACGAACUACAGAUGUCACCGUCGUCGAUACCGGAGAAUCCGUGAAUGUCAAGACCUACAUCAUAAUGUCACCUACUAUUUAUGGCACAGGAUCUGGGUUGUUCAAUCGAUUGACGAUUCAGCCCCCAGGAAUCGUGCAAAGAGGACUGCGUCGAGGUCGAGUUCCGGUCCAUGGCUCUGGAAGUGGAUACUGGGAUUACGUUCAUAUCGAUGACUUGACACAACUGUAUGAAAUCAUAUUAAGCCGUGUUUUGAGUCAAGGGGAUAUUCCCUUUGGUAAGAAAGGAAUCUACUUCAGCGAGAAUGGCUACUUCAAUUGGAGGAAACUGUCAGAAGGGUUGGCGCAAGCGGGACAAGAAUUGGGCGCGCUUGAGACGAAUGAGGUAGAAGAGCUAUCAUCCGACGCAUGGGUUUCUAGCCCAGGCAGUACUCCAACCGCUGCAAAGGUUCAAGCUGGUCAAUUGGGUUUCGCAAGCUGGAGCAGAUCAACAGCUGACCUGGGUCGUAGCCUUGGCUGGGUUCCAAGACAUGGGCCGGAGUCAUGGACAGAGAGUAUCAAAUCUACGUUUCAGGCCGUAUUAGACAAUACUAAAUAGAGUUCGGGCACUUGUAUCCAGACGAUAGUAGAUCAAGGACAAAUUCAUGAUCAAACCUUGU